UUUUCCGACGCCUUGUGAUGACACGCAACUUGUGAACCACUCGAAAGAGUUUCCGAUUUCUUCCGCUAGAGGUCGGGUUGAAUAUGCUUGACAAACAUGCAUAACAACACGUGAAACGAACCCGUGAAAAUCAUCUGGCCUCAUCCAACCAACCUCAGACUCUGACCUUACACGAUGGUCUUGAAAGAGCUCCAAAGCCUAACCGGCCACACGGGACGAGUGUGGAAUUGCUCUUGGAAUCCUAAAGGCAGUCUUUUGGCCACCAGUGGUGAGGACACGCAUAUUCGAUUGUGGGGCAAAGAAGGCGAUCAAUGGGUCACCAAGACCAUUUUGAGUGAGGGCCACACCCGCACGGUCCGCAAUGUGGCCUGGUCAGCCUGCGGGAACUACAUCGCGGCCGCCAGUUUUGACGGAACCGUGUCCAUUUGGGACCGAAAGAACGGUCAAUUCGAAUGCAACGCCACGCUUGAAGGACAUGAAAAUGAGGUCAAGGCUGCGGCUUGGGCCAAAUCGGGCAAUUUCUUGGCCACGUGCUCCAGGGACAAGAGUGUGUGGGUGUGGGACGUGGAUCAAGAUGAGGAUGAGUACAUGUGUGCCAGUGUUCUGCAGGCCCAUACACAGGAUGUGAAGCGGGUCAAGUGGCAUCCUUUAGAGGACACACUGGCCUCCUGUUCCUACGAUAACCGACUCAAAUUGUUCAAGGAAGACGAUGAUGAUUGGGUGUGCGUGUCUACUUUGUCCUCCCAUGAUUCCAGUGUGUGGAGCUUUGCCUUUAACAAUGAUGGAUCCCGGAUCGCUUCUUGCUCCGAAGACGAAACCAUCAAAAUUUGGCAAGAGUUUAAGCCGGGCAAUGAGCAAGGCAUCAAGACACCGGGCAAGGAUUCGGCUUGGAAAUGCGUCUGUACCCUGAGCGGCUACUUUAGUCGACCCAUUUACGAUAUUGAUUGGUGUGCUCAAAGUGGGUUCAUUGUGGCUGCGGGUGGUGACAAUUCCAUUCAGGUUUUCAAAGAAAGCGAUACGUCCCAGGACAUCAAUGCUCCGGAGUUCGAAAAAGUGCUCACUCAGAGUGAAGCUCACUCUGAAGACGUGAAUUGUGUGUCCUGGAAUCCAACGGAACGAGGCCUUCUGGCCUCUUGUAGCGACGAUGGCGAUGUUAAACUUUGGACUUUGACAGACUGUUGAAAAAUAUAUGAAAAUAUGAAAAUCAAACAA